GCCGGGCACCGGGGCUGCGGCGAGGAGCCCGCGGGCGGCCGGUCGGGCGGGGCGGGCGGCGCUGACAGCAUCCGAGGUUGGCAUCUCUCUCCUCCAGUGGAGCCCAUGACUUCUGACCAGGACGCUAAAGUUGUGGCUGAACCGCAGGCACAGAGAGUCCAGGAGGGCAAGGACAGCGCUCGUCUGAUGAAUGGUCCUGUAUCUCAGACCACUUCUCAGACAAGUUCCAUCCCUACGCUGAGUCAGGUGCCAGCCAAGGUUUCAGAGCUAAACCCCAACGCAAAAGUGUGGGGGACCCACGUGUUACCUGUGGCAGCAAGUAGCGCGGCGGAUGGCGUGAGCGCCACGUGGGAGGACCGCGGCCCGCAGGGGUUGGAUGCCAGUUGUGAUGGUGACAAAAGCCGAGAGAAUGUGGCGGUGCCGGAUGCGCAGGAGUCAGGGCAGACAGACGUGAGCACGCCGGCGCUGGGUCCCUCGGAGUGCGAGUCUGCGCCCGAAAGCAGCGAGACGGGAGGAAAUGAGUCUCAACCAGAAAGCCAGGAAGACCCCCGAGAAGUACUUAAGAAAACAUUGGAAUUCUGCUUAUCUAGGGAGAAUCUUGCCAGUGAUAUGUAUCUCAUAUCACAGAUGGAUAGCGAUCAGUACGUGCCAAUUAAGACGGUAGCCAACCUGGACCAUAUCAAGAAGCUCAGCACCGAUGUGGAUUUAAUUGUUGAAGUGCUAAGAUCUUUGCCUUUAGUCCAAGUGGAUGAGAAGGGAGAGAAAGUGCGGCCAAAUCAAAAUCGCUGCAUCGUGAUUCUGCGUGAAAUACCCGAGUCCACCCCUGUGGAGGAAGUAGAAGCACUAUUUAAAGGAGAUAAUUUACCGAAAUUUAUAAACUGUGAAUUUGCCUAUAACGAUAAUUGGUUCAUCACAUUUGAGACAGAAGCUGACGCACAACAGGCUUACAAAUACCUUCGAGAAGAAGUCAAAACUUUUCAAGGAAAGCCAAUUAAGGCACGGAUAAAAGCAAAGGCAAUAGCUAUAAACACAUUUUUGCCAAAGAAUGGAUUCAGACCUCUGGACAUGAACCUCUACAUGCAGCAGCGCUACACGGCGUCCUUCUACUUACCUCCAGUGUACAGCCCCCAGCAGCAGUUCCCCCUGUACGGCCUGAUCGCGCCCCAGACCUGGUCGGCCGCGCACAGCUAUCUUGACCCACCCUUGGUAACUCCAUUCCCAAAUACUGGAUUUAUAAACGGGUUUACGUCUCCAACGUUCAAACCUGCAGCGUCUCCGCUGACGUCACUCAGACAGUAUCCUCCUAGAAGCAGGAAUCCUAGCAAAUCUCAUCUGCGCCACACGAUUCCUAGUGCAGAAAGAGGACCGGGGUUAUUAGAAAGCCCUUCGAUAUUCAACUUCACUGCGGAUCGAUUAAUUAACGGUGUCCGGAGCCCACAGACACGACAAGCAGGUCAAACCAGAGCGCGGGUGCAGAACCCUUCCGCGUACGCCAAGAGAGAGGUUGGCACCGGGCGCGUGGAGCCCAGCAGCCUCGAGUCCUCGCCUGGCUUGGGGAGGGGAAGGAAGAAUUCCUUUGGCUAUCGGAAGAAAAGAGAGGAGAAGUUUACAAACAGCCAGACGCAGUCUCCAACGCCACCAAAGCCUCCAUCACCAAGCUUCGAGCUGGGGCUGUCCAACUUCCCCCCGUUACCUGGAGCUGCCGGCAACUUGAAGGCAGAGGACUUGUUUGAAAACAGGCUAUCCGGCUUGAUAGUAGGAUCAGCAAAAGAAAGGAGCCUCAGUGCAGACGCGAGUUCGAACACUACGCCUGUAGCUGUCCCCAGAGAGCCCCUGGUGCCGGCCUCCUGUGCCGUGUCGGCGGCGUACGAGCGAUGCCCCUCCCCGGCCCGCGUGCCCGAGUGUCAUUUUUACAGGGACCCCAAGGCAGCAGAGAAGCAGCGGGAAGCCCACACUGGGGACAGGCUCCCUUCAGCCCUCACUACAACCGCGUGCAAAUCCGUGCAGGUGAACGGAGCUGCCACGGAAUUGCGAAAGCCCAGCUAUGCAGAGAUUUGUCAGAGAACGAGUAAAGAGCCCCCUUCCUCCCCCUUGCAACCCCCGAGAGAACAGAAGGCAAACGCCAUGGGCUGUGGGAAGGAGGAGAAGCCGCUCGCGGAGCCCCUGGAGAGACACCGGGAGCCCCCAGCCCUCAAGUCCACGCCGGGAGCCCCCAGAGACCAGAGGCGGCAGCCUGGGCGCCGGCCCUCGCCCCCGGCCCUCGGGAAGCGCCUGAGCAGGGAACAGAGCACCCCCCCCAAGUCUCCGCAGUGAGAGCCGCAGGUCUGGGCGGGCCGCAGAGAGCGUGCUCACCACACGCGGGACGCUCUUCCCACUCAGUACGAGGAUGAGUUGCUGGUUAGGGGCUUGCAGUGUUUGAGGCCUGUGGGAUCCUGCAAGUUUUUUCCUUCUGUGAGUCGGAUUCUCCCCUCUAGGAAAAAAAAUCUAUUUUUCAGGAUUUAAUUAAUAUAAACCUUAUUUUAGGUUGGUGCUUAACUGGAGGUGAUGCAUAAGUCAGAUUUUUUUUUCCAGGAUAGAAAAUGCUUUUAUCCUGACAAAUUGGUGUUUUUUAUUAAGCCUCCACGUGGCUCUGAAUGCAAGCUACACAGAGUGAGUUUUCUAAAUUAGGGGACGAUGCUACUUCACUUUCCAGUACCUGGUCUGCAGGUGCGUGUGUCUAGGAAGCCCCGGCAGGAGGUGAGGGCCGGUGGGCUCCCGCGGAGGCAGGCGUGGCCCGAGGAGGAGGGGCCGGCAGCGUCAGGGCCCAGCACGGGCGGGAGCUGUGCUCUCCUGCGAACCGUGAGGGGGACUCUGGCAUUUAAAGACGCAGAGUCCUUUGAUCUAGUGGCAGAAUGAACCUGCAGAGAGCACCUGGGGAGACCCGAGACCUUUGAGUCCGAUGUACUGCAAGCAAGUAACCAGCUUCUCACUCCAGUUCCAAGUGGCUAUUAUGUAAAGUAAAUUCAAAGCACAUUGUGAAUAGAACCUAAAUGAAAAUACAAACUUUGUUGCCCACUGACACGUCACCAGAAGUUGUACCAUGAUGUUGUUCUGAUCCCCGUGAGCUCCCGUGGCGACGCCGGCUCCGCGCACACUUUCGUCCGUGUCCCCCCAGCACCUGAUUGGAAAGUCCACGCCCACCAGCGCCACGUGGACGUCUCCCUGCACCUCUGCGUCGGCACGUGGUUUAGGGUCAUGUGAUCGUGCGAGAAUGGCGUUUGUGGCUUCCCCUCUCUGGCUGGUGGAGGACGAAAUGCCCACCCUUUCACCUCCACGACGAGGGUCUCGUUGAUUCGCUUCUAGAAGUGCCGCACUUCUGAAGAGCAAGGAUGCACUAAGCUAGCAAGUUUAUAAUAAAGCUAAAUAUAAAUUAUUUUGUUUUAAAA